ACUGCAAUAUGGUUUCCUACACUGUUGUCAUGCUUUCACGAGGAAAAGUUUUCAAAGGAUGAGCGAUAUCUUUCAUUUUUCAGACACAAAAGUGUGCCACGUAAAAUCCUUGUCAAUAUUUAGGGCUUAUGGGGAAAAAUGAACUCUACAUAUAGUACUAUUGUUCAAGGUGUGUCUAAUACACACCGUUUGUUGAAGUGCAGACGAAUUUUUUGGCUUGUCCCUGUUCGAAAUAAGCAUGACAAAACAACCAAGAAACAGCCAAAGAGCAAGCGGUACAGCGAAACGUUAAAUUUGCCGAAAACAUCUUUCCCUCUUUCAGUACGUGAUGGACUUGCACCUAAAAGGGAGAUAGAAAUCCAACGAACAUGUGGCUUUGAUGAGCUUUACCAAUGGCAGGCUUCACAAAAAAGGGAGAAAACUUUUGUUCUUCAUGAUGGUCCUCCCUAUGCUAAUGGUAAAACACAUGUGGGUCAUGCAGUGAACAAGAUACUUAAAGACAUCACCAUUCGAUACAAAUUGUUGCGUGGUCAUCGUGUACAUUAUGUACCUGGCUGGGACUGUCAUGGCAUGCCCAUUGAGGUCAAAGCCUUAGCAGAGACUCGCCAGGUGUUACAAGAAUUCACAUCUCUGCAGCUGCGAGAAAAAGCUCGCAGUUUUGCUCAAGAGGCAAUAGAAGAGCAGCGACGGUCAUUUCAGCGCUGGGGCAUCAUGGCUGACUGGAACUCCUAUUAUAUGACCUUGAGUCCUGAGUAUCAAGUGACCCAGCUAAAUAUCUUCCAUCAGCUCUUUGAAAAGGGUCUGAUCCACCAAGGGUAUAUGCCAGUCUUCUGGUCACCAUCGUCUGGGACUGCUCUUGCAGAAGCUGAAUUAGAAUAUAAAUCAGACCACCAAAGCAAGUCUGUGUAUGUCAAGUUCCCUCUGAAUAACAUCCCAUCUAGUCUGAGAGAUGGAACAGGGUGUGGAGGCUCUGUGUCAGCUGUUAUAUGGACCACAACACCUUGGACACUGCCUUUCAAUGAGGCCAUUUGUUACAGCAAUUCUCUGAGAUAUAGCCUCCUCAAAGACCAGAACUCACAUGAGGUGUAUCUGUGUGAAGAGCAGUUUGCCCAUACUUUGCCCACAAUUCUUGGGAAGCAACUUUUGUUGCUCAACAGCCUGGAAGGUACCUGUCUUCAGGGCGCCACAUACAUGCACCCACUAACAGCCAGGGAGUUGCCUUUUUUACCUAGUUCCCAUGUACAGGAGGGAAAGGGGACGGGUCUGGUUCACACAGCUCCAGCACAUGGCCAUGAGGAUUUCCAGACUGCUCUUGAGCAUCACUUGCCUGUGACCUGCAGUGUUGACAAGUUGGGACGGUACAAAGAAGGGGUGGGCUGGGGUCUGGAUGGGAAGACUGUGGGACAAGAUGCUGACGAGGCAGUCAUCUGUCUACUUGGAGAAAAUGUACUCAAGGUUGAGCCCUAUGUGCAUAGCUAUCCUUACGACUGGCGGACUAAACAGCCUGUCAUCAUUCGAGCUAGCAAACAAUGGUUUGUUGAUACACAGAAGCUGAAAGAGUCUGCUGUGAGGUGUCUUGGAGAUGUUCAGAUAAUUCCAGCCCAGUCAGAGCAUGGCAUGGUGCAACAGCUGCAGCGGCGGCCUUAUUGGUGUAUCUCCCGCCAGCGUGUGUGGGGACUUCCUAUCCCUGUCUUUUAUCAUCGAGACACAAAGGAGCCCCUGAUCACAAGAGAGACAGUAAAUGGUCUUUGCAAAAUCAUCAGAAAACAUGGUGCAGAUGCCUGGUGGACUAUGUCGGUACCAGAACUCUUGUCAGCUGAUAUCUUGUCACAGCUUGGUAAAGGCUCACCAGAUGAUUAUGUGAAAGGAGGUGACAUCUUUGACAUAUGGUUUGACAGCGGAGUUUCUUGGGCUACUGUUUUAAAAGAUGUUGGUCAGCAGGCUGACUUGUAUCUGGAGGGCUUGGACCAGUUUGGUGGCUGGUUUCAGACAUCCCUUCUGACCAGUGUAGCUGUACAAGACAGAGCACCAUAUAGAGCUUUGUUUGUACAUGGUUUCACCACUGAUGAGGCAGGCAAGAAAAUGUCCAAAUCACUUGGCAAUGUUGUGGAUCCAGAGACAGUCAUCAAUGGUGGGAAGGACAAGAGUGUGGAACCAGCAUAUGGGGUGGAGGUGCUGCGCUGGUGGGUAGCUCACACCCACACUCAGAACAACAUCAUGAUUGGCCCCAAUAUCCUGGCUCAGUUUAGUGAGGCACUCUUUAAGGUACGAAAGUGUCUGCGCUACCUGCUUGGAAGUCUCUGUGACUUUGAUCCUUCCCAGCAUGCAGUGCCACUUGAACAGCUCCUACCCCAGGACCGCCUGAUGCUGCAUACUCUUCGUGAAUUUUCUGAGCAGGUGGAGAAGUUUUAUGAGGAGUACAGCUACAGUAAGGUCUUACAAGUGUUGGAGAAGUUUGUCAACGUAACUGUGUCAGGUGUUCACAUUCAUACCACGCGUGAUCGGAGCUAUUGUGGAGCUGAGAAUGGAUUAGAGCGACGUUCUUGUCAAACCACACAAUAUCAUUUGCUGCGGACAUUGAUUGUGGCAGCUGCUCCCAUUUUGCCUCAUUUGAUGGAAGAGGUCCACCAACAUAUGCCUGCAGCUACAAAAACCACAGAGAGACUGUUCUAUGGUGGGUGGAUACAGGCUGACCCACGCUGGUAUGACCCAGCUUUGUUUCAUCAGUUUAUGCCUGUCUUUGCCAUGAGAAACAAACUUCUGGAUACGCUGGGGACAGAAAACACACUGGAAUAUGAUGUCAUCAUUUGUGCCACCAGACUUCUUCAUUUCCUCCUCAAGAAUCUUCAAAAGGAGGUCACUUCAUGUGUUUCGCCACUCUGUGAAAUCUUCCAAACAUCGCACACAAGCAUAUUGGAAGAUCAUCCUCCUGUCAUCCCUGAGGAUUCACUGAUUGUAGAAGGUGCAACUGACGUUUUUCUUCCAGAUGAUGCAUCCAAAACAUUUCAAGCCAAGCAUGAGGAAUACAAACUAAUCAUUGUGCCAGCCAUGAACCACAUCUGUGAACGAUGCCGGCGCUAUACUGCACACUCAUCCAAUUCCCCAUGUGAACGAUGCCUGGAGGUCUUGGGAGAAGCUUGGGCCAAUUAAGUGGUUUGUCUCUGACCUUCAAGAAUGAUGAAGACUUUUAUGGACGAAAUAAAAAAAAUGCUUUGCAGGAUUUUGUGAGAAAUGGUUAGUAUAGAUUUGGAAACAGCAGUUUUGAGUUUUCCAGUAUUAAUCAAGAUUGUUUCAGUGGAUGGUGCCAGCCAACUUCAUUCCUGCUACCUGCUACUUGGAAAUGGAAAAUUUAACCUGCAAGAGAUAGUCAAAAAUGAACAUGUGAAUAUAUCACUUUGACACCAUCUUUGACACCAUCUGUUGUCAAAGCAGGAGGGCUGUGAGAAAUUUCUUUCCUCCUAUAAACUCUGAAAGAGCAAAGUAUGGAAAACAUGUCAAGGUCUGAUAACCUUUUGCAGCUUCAUUGUUUCUGGCUACUGUAUGUUGCCAGCAAACAAUGGAACAAGAAGACACUGGGACGUAUAUAAAGGCUUGACCUGAGGUUCCUGACCUCAACAUUAUGCCAGUCUUUGUGGUUUCCAUAUGGAUGUGCACGAUUCAAGUAUAAUGACAGUAGGAAACACAUAUUACCCCUUAACCCAAUAUGCAAUUAAGUUAAACAUUUCAUUGUCUUGAGCACCAGUCUGUGAUGAAUGGGAAUCUAAGGGACAGACUGCUAAUUAUUUUGAGCAAAUAAAUAUUUUUUAAGUGCCAA